AUGCUUUGUUGGGGGAAUGCAAAAGAUGGACAGCUGGGUAUCGGUAUUGACAGGACCGCCAUGUUUGAGCCCAGAAACUGUCACGUGUUCAGUGGCAGGGGCCUGAAAGAAGUAGCUUGUGGAGGGCAACACUCAACGUUCCUGCUGCAUGAUGGCAGCGUGUACACAUGUGGCUCUAACAGCUGUGGACAGCUGGGCCACAGCAAACCAGGGACUUCCCCAGAGCUUGUAGACGCUCUGGAUGCUCAGAUUAUAACAAUGGUGUCGAGUGGUCGGUCCCAUUCAGUGGCUGUGAACGAGCAGGGUCAAGUGUUUGCGUGGGGAGCCGGGGAAGAGGGCCAGCUCGGCCUGGGGAUCGCAGAGGCCACCGUUCGAAUCCCGAGGUUGGUCAAAAGGCUGUGUGAGCAGCGGAUCUCUCAAGUAAUGUGUGGGAAUCAGCACUGCAUUGCGCUCUCUCGAGACGGCCAGCUGUUCACGUGGGGCCAGAACACCAGCGGCCAGCUGGGCCUGGGGAAAGGCGAGCCCAGCAAGCUGUUCCCUCAGCCCCUCAAGUCUCUGUCGGGUAUUCCUCUGGCACAGAUAACCGCCGGCGGGGACCACAGCUUCGCCCUCUCCCUGUCCGGCGCUGUAUUUGGUUGGGGCAAGAACAGAGCCGGACAACUUGGUCUCAAUGAUGAACAAGAUCGAGCGGUCCCGUGUCAUAUCAAGUUUUUGAGAUCUCAAAAAGUUUGUUAUAUCAGCUGUGGAAAUGAACAUACAGCAGCCCUCACAAAGGAUGGCGGCUUGUUUACGUUUGGAGAGGGCUCGUGGGGUCAGCUGGGUCACGGCUCCACAAACAAUGAACUUCUACCCAGGCGAGUGCUGGAGCUCAUGGGCACGGAGGUGUCCCAGAUCACCUGUGGCAGGCGCCACACGUUGGCCUUUGUUCCUUCCUCUGAAGUGGUGUAUGCGUUCGGUUGCAACAGCCACGGCCAGCUGGGCACUGGACUGCUGGGAGAUGCCAGGAGCCCGUGUGCAGUGAAGACCAGAUUCCUGACUGGAACAGAAUCAAAACGAUGUACAGUGACCAAAAUAAUCUGUGGAGGAGACCAUAGCUUCUUAUUGUACUCUAAUGACCAGAGUUCCGUCCCCACAGAAGACUUCAGAGUCAUUGGUGUCACUAAAUCCGUCUCCCCAAUCAACUGUGAAAGAAUCGAUUCAUGGAGGUUAAAGCUGAUGUAUAACACAGAUUCCACUGUCACAAAUGACAUUAUAAUUCAACUCUCCUCUACGGCUUGUUGGAACGCCAGCUUUUUGGACCAAAGUGAUGACACACACUUCAAAACCAACCCGAAGAUCCCAGGCAUCGAUCUCAACUCUGUCAGAAAGCUGUUCGACACGCUCAGCAAACCGGCCUUCUCUGGACUCUUGGAACAGGCCACCAAGAGUUUUGAGAGUCUGUUGAUCCCUCAGCUGCCGCGCUCCCCCCCGGACGUCGAAGCCAUGAGGAUCUACCUCAUCUUGUCCGAGUACCCGGGCCUGUUUGACUCCAAGAACUACAUCCGCCUCACCAUCCCCCUGGCGAUGGCCAUCCUCCGGCUUGACGCUAACCCCAGCAAAGUAUUGGAUAACUGGUGGUGUUUUGUUGACGACCACUUGUUCACCAGGAUGGUCGACAUGUACAAGAGCAUCGUGGUGUUUAUGCUAACUGGAGGCAGGACGCUGCUCGUGCCGGUUUUCUACGAGAACUAUUUCGUCGCCACUCUGAGGCUGCUGGAGAAACUCCACAAGGUAAACUUAAAGGCCCACCACGUGGAGUACAACCGCUUUUAUAUCCCCGACAUCACCAGCCUGGUGGACAUCCAGGAAGACUACCUCAAAUGGUUUCUGAGCAAAGCUGACAUUAAACAAUCAUCGUCCCCUUCACAGGGAGACUUUCCCUCAGUGAACCUAUGUGCCUACCCGUUCAUACUGAACGCACAAGCCAAGACAACCAUGUUGCAAACCGACGCUGAACUGCAAAUGCAGAUGGCAGUAAGCGGUGCGAACCUCCACAACGUCUUCAUGCUGCUCACGCUGGAACCCCAUCUCGCCAGGAACCCUUACUUGGUUUUGCACGUGCGCAGGAACCACUUAGUGAGCGACACACUCCGGGAGCUCACCAUGUACUCUGACGUGGACCUGAAGAAACCACUCAAGGUGAUCUUUGACGGAGAGGAGGCCGUUGAUGCAGGUGGAGUGACGAAGGAGUUCUUCCUGCUGCUGUUGAAGGAGCUGAUGGAUCCUGUGUAUGGGAUGUUCACCCAUUACAAAGACUCCAACCUGCUGUGGUUCUCAGACAAAUGUUUUGUCGAGCAGAACUGGUUUCACCUGAUCGGGAUCAUCUGCGGUCUGGCCAUCUACAACUCCACUGUGGUGGACCUCCACUUCCCCCUGGUCCUCUACAAGAAGCUGCUCAACGUGUCGCCGACCCUGGAGGACUUCAAGGAGCUGUCCCCCACCGAGGCCAGGAGUCUACAGCAACUUCUAGACUAUGACGGAUGUGAUGUGGAGGAGAUGUUUCUUCUCAAUUUUGCUAUCACCAGGGAGAACUACGGGAUGACGGAAGUCAAGGAACUCAUUCCCGGAGGAGAAGGCAUCAGUGUGGACAAAAACAACAGGAAGGAGUUCGUGGAGGCUUACCUGCGCUACGUGUUCUCCGACUCCGUAAGCGAGCAGUACUCGGCCUUCUCCUCGGGCUUCCUGAAGGUGUGCGGGGGCGAGAUCCUGCCGCUGUUCCAGCCGUCUGAGCUGAUGGCCAUGGUGGUCGGCAACAACAACUACAAUUGGGAGGAGAUGGAGAAGAAUGCUGUCUACAAAGGGGAAUACACAGCCACUCAUCCAACAGUCCGAUUGUUCUGGGAGGUUUUCCACGAGUUCCCUCUGGAAAAGAAGAAGCAGUUCUUAUUGUUCCUGACGGGCAGCGACCGCAUCCCCAUCCACGGCAUGGAGAGCCUGCGUAUCGUCAUCCAGUCCACCACGGCGGAGGAGCACUACCUGCCGGUGGCCCACACCUGCUACAACCUACUGGACAUGCCCCGCUACCAGACCAAAGAGAUCCUGCGCCGCCGCCUCACUCGGGCCGUGGAGCAGUACGAGGGCUUCAGCCUGGUCUGAGCAGUAGAGGAGACAUGCAACAGUUUUUAAUGCACUUUAACAGCAAUAAGACACCCCCCCCCCCCCCCCCCCAUGACAAGAGACGAGAAGGUCAGUCUCUUUAUAUAUAUGCCCUCACAGGAUUGUUGAACAUAAUAAAUCUGAAAGGUCUAUCUGUGUACAUGCAGAGUAUUAUUGUUUUUAUUGCUUUUGGAGAGUUUCUCAACCUUCGCACACCAUUUGGAAAUUUUAAUGCUGUAAAAUAUGGAGUCAGAUAAGUCUCUCUUAAUAAAUGCUCACAUUUUGUGUUUUAUAUAACAAUUUCCAUCAAAUAUAAAGUGUAUCAAUAGUUGAUAGUUCCGGGUAUACUACUUUUGUUUGUUAAACUUGACGCCCCUGUAUUAGCUCCAGGUGAUGUAUUGACUCAAACUACAUGUUUCUCAGUAUGCCAGACUCAUUCAGUUGGACACAAAUAUCACCUGCCAAACAAACUUAAAAGUGUUGAAUCGCUAAAUGUAUUUAUUAACAAGUCUGUGUGCAUCCAUUGUCAAUGAGUCUCACCAGACUACAUAUUAAAGUUAAUGAUUAAGUUCAUAUGAACCCCCUGUAAUCCCACAACCUUUGUGACCAAACGGUGAUGGCGACAUGUUGAGAAGCUCGUCUUUGGGUGUUUUGUCUUUUUUAAAUUUUUUUCCCCAAAGCUGUGUAUUUUAUAUUUAGCUCCUUAAAUUCUAUUUUCUACCUUUUAAAAAAUGUUAUUUCUUUGAGACAAUGAUCUUGCUUUUUGUUACAUUUAAUUUAAUAGAGUGGUUAUUUUUGGACAAAUUAUAAUUUAAGUAUAUAUGUGUGUAAAUAGUACUUUGAAUAUAAUCGUUACCUGAUCUUGUUAAUGGGAGAGUAUUCGGCAAGCAGAAGGGCGGCGGCUGAGACGUUGUACAUCUAAUUUGCAAUCCCUCCUUUGGUUUGAGCUGUGCAUCUUGGAGCAGCCGACUUGAUCUUAACCUGCAUUCAACAGCGUUGCCUUCUACAACAAAACCUACAUGAAAAGCUGACUUUAUUGAAGUUAUUUUUUUAGUGGUUGUCUCGUGUGCAUGCUCUUGAAUGAAAGCAAAAACCCGAAUGUCAUUUUAAGAAAUGUGAUAUUUUGGGAAAUACGCUUAUGAGCUUUCUGGGUUGGAGAAUAUUGACACCAUUUUACAGCAGUCGGGUUGUUCUUAGCCUACUUCUGUACAACUGUAACACCAGCCCCCGUAAAGCGCACUUUUCCCCCCUUUUACAUAGAAAACUCAAAUAGUUGACAAAAGUCAAGUGUUUUUACACUUGGUUUUGUUGGAAACAAUGAGCUUUAGUGGACCUGGAUGGCCGCUGGACAAAGCCAAUUGUAACCGCUCUUUAUACAAGGCUAAGCUAACGGGGCUAAGCUAAUGUUUACUCCGAACCUGAAAGCGAAUAUUGCGUAUGUUCCAAAAUUUCCCUUGAAAUGCAGUACAUUCUUAACCAUUCAAAUAUAGAAAUUGUGAUAAGUUUGUUGCAGAUGAUUCACUUGUGAUAUUUUUGCAGGAUGACACAAUAUAUGCAAGUGUGGGCAAAUAACCUAAUAAAGACUUAAACUGUUUAUCACAUUGCUUGUUCCAAAAUGUGCCCUCAUGCCGUGUUUAUCUCCCACAGUCAAACCUGUUAUUCCAAACGGAUGUUCAAUCCGGUUGCAGUGGCGGGAAUUUCCUGAAAUGGUUGAGCAUUUACGUAUAUUUUUAAUAUAUAUUUAAUAGUAUGGUCUGAUAUCUAUUCUGCAAUAAAGAGAAACGGCCCAGUAAAGCUCUUA